GCGGUCUGAGCGCUACGUCAGCAGUGAGACACCAACAUGGCGGUGCCCAUAGCACGGCUCCCGGCGGUAAACGCUCAAGUGUGGAUGUUAACUUUUGUCACAACGUUAUUAUUCCACCGUGGUGUCGGCGACGUCUCAGUCAGUGGUGUCCCAACGACGGAGGAGGGUCCUCACCGCCGAUUCGAGUACAAAUACAGCUUCAAGGGACCGCACCUGUCUCAGCCCGACGGCAGUAUCCCGUUUUGGAUCCACUCUGGAAAUGCUAUUCCGAGUGCAGACCAGGUGCGCAUCACACCCUCGCUAAGGAGUCAGAGGGGCUCGGUGUGGACAAAAAACAAAAUCAACUUUGAAAACUGGGAGGCUGAGGUGACCUUCAGAGUAUCUGGAAGAGGAAGAAUGGGAGCGGAUGGUUUGGCCGUGUGGUUUACCACUGAACAAGGUCUCGAUGGUCCGGUUUACGGAGCCGCUGAUCAGUGGAACGGAGUUGGAGUCUUCUUUGAUUCAUUUGACAACGAUGGAAAGAAAAAUAACCCAGCUAUUCUUGUUGUCGGGAACAACGGCAAGCUUGUUUAUGACCACCAAAACGACGGCUCCACACAAGCCCUCGGGACGUGUUUACGAGAUUUCCGCAACAAACCGUAUCCCAUCAGAGCCAAAAUUACUUACUACAGAAAGACUUUAACGGUUAUGAUCAACAACGGGUUCACUCCAGACAAAGAGGACUAUGAGUUCUGCACAAAGGUGGAAAACAUGAUUAUUCCUUCUGAAGGCUUCUUUGGUAUUUCAGCUGCUACUGGUGGUUUGGCAGAUGACCACGAUGUGUUGUCCUUCUUAUUAUUCAGACUCUCAGAACCAGGCCAACAACCGCCUCCAGUCGAGUCUGAGAUUCCUAAAGAAGAGAAGGACAAGUACCAGGAGGAAUUUCAAAACUUCCAGCAAGAGCUGGAUAAGAAGAAAGAAGAGUUUCAAAAGGAGCACCCGGAUGUCCAAGGAGAGCCAAUUGAAGAUUUGUAUGAAAGUGCGAGCGACCGGGAGAUCCGACAGGUGUUCGAAGGUCAGAACCGGAUCCAUCUGGAGAUCAAACAGGUCAACCGGAACCUUGCUAUGAUCCUGGACGAGCAGCGGCGAUACGUUAACAUUGUCAGCGAUGAACUGGCAAAGAAGGGGACAAACGCCGUGUCAGGACAGCAGGAUCCAGCCACUCAGCAGCUGAGCUCCAUCGUGGCUACACAGCAGGAGGUUGUCAGAAUCCUCAAUGAGAUGAGAAACUCCUUCCACGAGUCGCUGAAACAGCUUGGCUCUGUUCAGCAUCAGGGGAACGCAGUCGGUAUGGGGACGUACGAGACGAUUCAGCACUUCAACGACAUCAAGGAGCAUCUUCACACGGUGAAAAGAGACGUGGAGCAUCUGGUUCAGCGAAACGCUCAGAACCCGUCAGACAAAGCUGUGAAGUGUCCCGAGCUUCCUCCUCUGCCCUCCUGCUUAUCCACCGUUCAUUUUGUAAUAUUUGUUGUCAUCCAGACAGUCUUGUUCUUCUGCUACGUCAUGUACAAAAGUCAACAAGAAGCAGCAGCUAAGAAGUUCUUUUGAUGACGAGGGUUUAUGAGUGGAUGCUCAAAGUGUUUGUCUUAAUUGUGUUGUUCAAUUGUUUUUCAGAUUGUAAAUUAUUGUACUUGAAAAAAAGGUUUGGUUUUUUUUUUUUUUGAAUAAGAGUUUGUUUUAAUUGUUAGAUUUUUAAUUUGAUCAGUAAAUCAUGUGUGAAUGCUGCUGUGAGACUGGCUGUUUUUGGAUGUUUCAGACGAGAUGUACCAUGUUCUUUACAGUAUUUCUGGUGGGUGUUUUCUGAAGUCGGCCUCAGUCCCAUCUCAUGAAAUGAGUCAGCAAGAGAAAAACUAUUUAGAUUGUUUAAAGUGUGGGACAAUUUUGUACAAAAGGCUUGAGGAUUUUCAGUGACCCAGACGUCCAAUAUAUGCUUCAGUUUUUUCCUUUGAUUGAAAUGUGUCAGUCUGACAUGCCCUCUGCCUGAACAAUUUACAUAAAAUGCUCAAAACCA